UGCGACCCGCGUUCACCGCCACGUUUUUCAUGUUCCUUAACCUCUUCCUUUUUUCUUCCACAGAAGAAAUACAAAAAUUUCGGGAAAAUUGAAAAUUCAAGCUGCGAAGAACUUACUCAGAUCUACAUUGAUCCGGCGACUCUAGAUCCGUGAGAAUGGCUCUCGAAUGGGUUGUUUUAGGUUACGCGGCGGCGGCUGAAGCGAUCAUGGUCGUGCUUUUGACGAUGCCGGGACUUGACGGACUCCGGAAGGGAUUGGUCGCCGUCACGCGUAAUCUCCUGAAACCUUUUCUCUCGAUUGUUCCUUUUUGUCUCUUCCUCUUGAUGGAUAUUUACUGGAAAUACGAGACGAUGCCUUCGUGCGACGGUGAUUCCUGCACACCAUCGGAGCACCUCCGUCACCAGAAAUCAAUGAUGAAAUCCCAGCGAAACGCGCUUCUCAUUGCGGCUGCACUUGUGUUUUACUGGAUCCUAUACUCUGUCACCAGCUUGGUCGUCAAGAUCGAGCAGCUUAACCAGCGGAUCGAGAGGCUCAAGAACAAGGAUUGAUCGUCUCGUCACAGGUCCAAUUAGUGUAAUGCCAUUUUCGUUUUCGAGUAUUCCCCUAUUUCAUUAGGUUUGUGCUGUUUUCCCGUUUCAACGCUUCUGAUUUGGUCGUUUAUGUUUCGGAGAUUGAAGGAUCUAAGUAUCCAAUUUUCUAUGCUUGUUCUUUGUAAUCUGGAGAUUGAAUUUUGAUUUGACUCAUAAUCUUCUCUUCGGGACUGGCA